AUGUUUUCUUCUGAAGAAGACUGCUCAGAAUCUGAAGAUCUGACCAUUGGUAAGAGUAACUGAAGAUCGCAAAAUGCAAGCAAUUGAGGAAAACUAAGCACAUUGACAGUUCUUUACUUAGUAGUAAAGAUCACUAUGAAUAACUCAGACAUUCAUGGCCUUUAAACCCUAAUAUCGGAAUAUUGUUCUCACUUGUUGCUCCUUUACAUUUCAUAACCUAUAAACGUAAUAGGGAGAAAUUGUUUGUAAAUUCAUCUCGUGUGACAACAGCUGUUAGAACCUUAAUUCUCAUGACCAGUCUGUUUUUAAAGCAUUGAAUGCUACAAGAGGAUUUUUAAUGUUGAUCACUCUCAGGGCUAAAACAUAUGGGGUUAAAGGGAAAUGAAAAAAGGUUAGCGGGUUAGCGGAAUUUACAAUUAUCUCCUUGACUAAUUUUGAUUUGUAACAAGUGAUCGGAAAUAAAGCAAUCAAAAGUUUACUGUUUUAUCGCGUGACGGGCAUUGCUAUUCAGAUCAUGCAAGUGUUUAACACGGUUACAAUUGCAAAAGCGGAUGAAAAUGGAAUGAUAUUUUGCUAACAUGCUCUUUGAUUUAUAAGGAUUCUCGCUGAAAUGCCUUUAAUUUCAUUGGCAGGUACCAAGAGGAAGGUGGGAAGACCUUCAGUCAUUGAAGCUCACCCUGAGAUCGUGGAAAUUGUCAGAGACUUUAUUACACAGCAUUCUUCAUCUGCCCACGAUCGAAGACGCGAUGACGUGCAAUACAGCCAUGGCGUGACACUAGCAGCCAUUCGGAGUCACGUCCUUAGGGAAAUUCCGGCUUUAAAGAAAAUUUCUGUACACACAAUACACCGUCUUCUUUUGCCGCCAAAUAAGAACCGAAACGCGUCUAAACGCUACAAAAGUUUAGUAGAGGCUAAGCGACCUCCUAAGAGAAAUGACCUAACUAGUAAAAUUCACGCAGACUUUCACUAUAGUUCAGCUCAAGUGAAUUUUGUUGGAGAGCUCGCUGAAUUGUUCUCAGAUGAGACAAUAGCCAUUUCAGCAGAUGACAAGAACAAGGUCAACGUAGGAACUUUGGCUGUCAGUAGGCAUUUUUCUAUCAACAAUAUAUUUGCCACGAACGAUCAACCCAACUACCCCGAUCACGAUUUUCCUUAUACCAAUGCCAAAAUUGUUCCAGCUGGAUAUUUAGUACUUAGAUCAAGAAAUAGGCGAUCGAGGAGUCUUUCGCCGAGGAAGACGAAUCCAAAAAAAAAACGCCGUUCCUUAUCAGCUCCUCCAAACAAUUUCUCUUAUAGGUGUUAUUCAAAGGACAAAAUAUUUAUAGAUACUCUGGGUAGAGAACGAAUAAGGUGGCCUAGAUCGGGUUCACUUAAUGUAUUGUUAUAUCCAUCAAUGUUUUUUGAGAGCACAAGCGCUAUGCAUGUGUUUAACCUAAAAAAAAUUUUGCAACCAAUUGUUUCAAAGGAAGGAAAAAAAGCAGUCACUAUCAUAUGUGACGGAGGGCCAGACUGGUCACCAAAGUCUACGCCCAAUUUGAUCAACUUUGGAAGGUUGUGGCGAGACUUAAACCUCGACAUCUUAAUCCUCACAUCUUACGCCCCGGGACACAGUCGUUACAAUCCCAUAGAACGCAGCUGGGCCCCUCUUUCAAGAUGGCUCACUGGUGUUACUCUCCCGAUUUCCUUGGAAGGGAAAAUAAUAAUUUAAUAAUAAUAAUUUACAUUUAUAUAGCGCAAACCUCUAUAUGAAUAUAUUUGGUUGCGCUUUACAAUAUUGUUAUAUUAAAUUUAUGUUAAAGGUGACUAAAGCAUGAGCAACUAUUAAAAACUACAAUAAAAAGUAUUAAAACUAUAAAUAAAAAUAAAUAAAUAAAAGCCAACAAUUAAAUCUAUUUAAAAGCUAAAUUGAAAAAAUGAGUUUUAACAGCAGUCUUAAAAGUGUCCAAUGUCUUCAUGUUGCGAAUUUCCGAAGGUAAUGCAUUCCAGAGAUAAGGUGCAGCUGACUGGAAUGCACGAUCGCCAAGAGUUGGAUGGGUCUUAAUGCAUGGUAACUCGAGGAAUAUAGACUCAUUUGACCUUAGAGAGUACUUGGAUUGCUUUUUGGUAGUAAUGAAAUCAAUUAGAUAAUUAGGAGCUUGACCAUAUAAGCACUUAAAUGUCAAAAGUAGAAUCUUAAACUUUAUACGGUAACUUAUUGGAAGCCAAUGAAGGUGGAAAAGCAAUGGUGUAACAUGGCAGAAUCUAGGUGUUCCGGUGACCAACCGAGCCGCGGCAUUCUGUAUCCGUUGGAGUUUCAUGAUAUGUGAAUUCGGGAGGCCAUAUAGUAGACUGUUACAAUAAUCUAUUCUACUGGUGAUAAAAGCAUGAACUAAUGAUUCGGUGACUGAACGACUUAAAUAUUUCCUAAUUCUACGCAUGUUAUAAAGAUAAUUGAAAGCGGAUGAGCAAGUUUUGUUGAUAUGACUUAGCAUACUCAUUUUAGAAUCAAACCAAGCUCCUAGGUUUCGAACUUCAGAAGAUGGAGCAAUUUGGGAGUCCCCAACCGAUAAGGUACUAAUGUUACUGACUUUCUGAAGUUGUUGUCGUGUUCCAAUCAGAAGACAUUCUGUCUUAUCGGAAUUCAGUUUUAACUUAUCCGAAUGCAUCCAUCUACUGAUAUCAGCAAUACAUGAUUCCAUGGCAGUUAUAGCAGCGGUCUCCUCCAAAUCAUUUCCUGAUCUAAACGCGAUAUACAGUUGCGUGUCAUCUGCAUGACAAUGGGAAUUAGGAAGAUGUGAUUCGACGAUCUUAAAAAGUUUACUAGCAUAGAGGGAAAACAAUAAUGGCCCGAGACAGCUGCCUUGUGGAACUCCAAAUUUAAGAUUAAAAUUACUCGAUAGAACUCCGUCUAUAUAGAUGCGCUGGGUUCUGUUAGAAAGGUACGAUUCAAUCCAAUUAAGUGCAGAGCCUGAAAUUCCAAAAUCAAACUGAAGGCGAUCUAAGAGAAUCCUAUGGUCCACGGUAUCAAACGCGGCGCUUAAAUCAAGAAGCACUAACAACGUGA